UUCGCCGCGAGCCCCCGACACAAUCACACGCGUAGUAACCGCGAGGUUAGACGCGACUUUUGAUAGGCCUUAUAUUUUUUUCCUCAAAAUGAAGGCACAGAGCAAAAGGUUCAUGAACCACAAGGGAAAAGCGUACGAGGUGUCCCACCGCAGGAGCGACAAUAUCGGAUUUUUCGACCUGUGGCGUCACGCGACAUGGUCGGAGGUGUGCUGCACGGGUUUGGGCGCUCUACUGGGGCUGGUGUGCUCGGGCGGCCUGAUCGGCGCCGUGCUGGUCUACGGCGAGCUGUCAGCUCUGUUCAUCAACCGCAGCGGCGCCACCCCGCCGCCAGCUAACGGCCAUAUACUGCCGCUGUUCGGUGGAGGAAAAUACGUGAAUAGCAGUAACCACACGUCCCACAUGGACGCGCUGGUGGACGACUCGGUGGCGUUUCUGAUCGCCAGUAUCGUCAUCAUGGCACUGCAGAUGAUAACGGCCGCUGCUGCUGUCACACUAACCAACUUCUCGGCUGCGAGAAUGAUAUCGCGGUUAAGAUGGCGUUUGCUGAGGUCUGUGCUGAGCCAAGAAACUGCUUUCUUCGACACCAACUCCACUAUGAACUUCGCAUCCAGUCUCACAGAAGACACAGAGAAACUAAAAAUGGGCGUAGGAGAGCACGUAGCCAUGGUCUCAUAUUUAGGAGGCUCCGUGAUUCUCGCGUCCAUCAUAUCCCUCAUUCACGGCUGGCAGCUGACUCUGUCUGGGCUUGCCGUGAUACCCUUAGCAUUAUUGACUGCUACUACAGUAGCUAAGUACCAAACAAGAUGGUCAGCACAAGAAGUGAUAUCCUACGGUACUGCCGGGCGGAUAGUGGAACAAGCGCUGGCGGCCAUCCGCACCGUCAGGGCAUACGCUGGAGAGGAACAGGAGGUCUCCAGGUACUCAGAAAAAUUAGUUGACGCAACUCAAGCAGGUCGCCGUCGCUGCGCCUGGACAGGUGCCGGCGCAGGUCUCGGAUGGUUCUUCACGUACUCUCUCAACGCGGUGGUGCUGGCUUAUGGUGCAGCUCUCUGCGUGAGGGACAAGAAUCUACCACCAGACCAAAUAUCCUACCAUCCGGGUGUGAUGGUCACUGUACUGUUCAGCACAUUCACAGCAGCACAGAACAUCGCCAUGUGCAAUCCCCAUCUGGAGCUGUUCUCAACUGCGAGAGGAGCCGCCAAGUCCCUCUUCAAAUUAUUAGAGAGGAAAUCUAAGAUAAACGCGUUGGAAGACAACGGAUUCAAACCAGAGAAAUUCAGGGGCGAUAUUUUGUUCGAGAAAUUAUACUUCAACUACCCUUCUCGGGCCGAUACCAAGGUGCUCCGAGGUCUCUCGCUCAAAAUCAACGCAGGGGAGACGGUAGCGCUCGUUGGCGGCUCCGGCUGCGGCAAGUCAACGCUACUGCAGCUGCUGCAGAGGGCCUACGAGCCCGAGAGCGGCAGUGUCACCGUCGACGGACAUAAUCUAAACAGCUUGCAUCUGCACCACUUCAGGACAAGUAUUGGUGUGGUAGGGCAAGAACCCGUACUGUUCAGUGGGACUAUUCGGGAUAAUAUCUUGAUGGGUAUGGACAACGCCACGGAACAGGACAUGAUCGAAGCUGCCAGAACCGCACACGCUCAUCAGUUCAUUAUGAAGCUAGCUAACGGUUACGACACAGAGCUGGGAGAGAAAGGAGCCCAACUGUCCGGUGGUCAGAAACAGAGGGUGGCCAUCGCUAGAGCGCUGAUAAGGAAGCCAGCUAUUCUAUUGCUGGAUGAACCCACAUCAGCACUGGACCCCGCAGCAGAAAGACAAGUGCAGGCAGCUCUUGAUGCAGCGAGUAAAGGAAGAACGACAUUGGUUGUAUCUCACAGACUUUCUACGAUAGUAAACGCCUCUCGCAUAGUAUACAUAGAGCAGGGAUCCGUGCUGGAGCAAGGAACUCAUCUUCAGCUCCUGGAAAAGAAGGGAGCUUAUUGGAAGUUGGUUCAAGAGGAUCUUACGCACAGAAGUAUAGCAGCCGCUGCAGCUGUAAAAGAUGAGGACGACGACGUAGUAAUAGAACCGGAGAGGGAAAGAAAAGUCAGCAGAGUGAGGAGGACGAGCAGUAGCUGCUCAACAUACAGCCAGUCCAUCACACGAGACAGCCUCAUCCGUGGCAGCCGUAGAAUAGUUUCGAUGACUCCCAGUGCUCAUCAAACUAUAGCACCGGCUCAAGAAGAGGAAAUAGAGGAUGUAGCUGAAAAAGUAGAAGACGUUUCCAGUUGGCAGCUGUUGAAACUGAACAGCAAGGAAUGGCCUCUGUUGACUGGCGGAGCCGUCGCUUCCCUGAUUAUAGGAGCUACCAUGCCGGUUUUCGCUUAUCUCUUCUCAAAGUUAUACGGAAUGUUUUCACUCACGGAUUCCAAUGAGAUUCUUCGUCAAUCGCAACUGUACGCGGGUCUGUUCGCGUUUUCGGCGGUGAUCAGCGGUGUCGUCACUUUCCUGCAGACUUAUCUCUUCGGUUUGGCUGGAAUCAAGCUAACCGACCGGCUCAGGACUAGAACUUUUGCCACAUAUUUGGUACAGGAACAAGGUUGGUUCGACCAGCCCAGCAAUUCAGUUGGAGCUCUGUGUGCUCGCCUCGCUAACGACUGCGCUGCCGUUCAGGGGGCUACAGGCACUCGUCUUGGCACUAUGCUUCAGGGUAUCAGCACAAUGAUUUUGGGCGUCGGACUCGCCAUGGCUUUCUCAUGGAAGAUGACUCUAGUCAGCUUGAUCAGCGUGCCUUGUGUAAUUGGAGGCAUAUGCUUAGAAGGUUGGGCAACAAAGAAAACUGAAGCUAAAGAGAGGAAGGACUUGGAAGGUGCUUCCCGUCUCGCCACCGAAGCUGUCAUUAAUGUCCGCACUGUUCAUAGUUUAGGCGUGGAGCGUGAAAUCUUGACUCGUUACGGUGCGGCGCUAGACUCGGCCGAGCGGCGCGCGCGCACCUCUCGCUGGGUGCGGGGACCCGUGUACGGGCUGUGCCUGUGUGCGCCCACUUUGGGCUACACCGUCUCCAUGGCAUACGGCGGAUACCUCAUAGCGAGAGAGGAUAUGAAGUACGAGUACGCUAUCCUAGUAUCAGAGGCGCUCGUAUACGGCGCGUGGAUGUUAGCGGAGGCUCUUUCUUUCGCACCCAACUUCACGGCAGCUAGGCGUUCUGGCGCACGCAUCAUACAGACUCUGCGAAGACAACCCAAGAUCGUCACUGAAGGCACCGCGUCGGAAAUCCCCAACUGGGAGGCUACCGGCGCCCUGAAAUUCGAGAACAUCCACUUCCGCUACCCCACGCGACCCCAGGCUUCGGUGCUGAAGGGCGUCAACCUGGAGCUGCAGGCCGGCAAGACCAUGGCGCUAGUGGGACCGUCCGGCUGCGGCAAGUCCACGCUCAUGCACCUGCUCAUGAGGAGCUACGACCCUGAACAGGGCAAUGUGAAACUGGACGGCAAGGACAUCAAGCACGACCUGACGUUAGGCCAGCUGCGAGGCCAGCUGGGGCUGGUGCAGCAGGAGCCGGUGGUGUUCGAGCGGUCGGUCCGCGACAACAUCGCGUACGGCUCGCCCGCCGCGCCGCUCGACUCCGUCAUCGCCGCCGCCAAGCAGGCCAACGUGCAUAACUUCAUCGCUAGUCUACCGCUGGGAUACGACACAGUUCUGGAAGCAGGCAGCGCCGCUCUGUCCGGCGGCCAGAAACAGAGAGUGGCCAUCGCCAGAGCUCUGCUGCGGAACCCCAGAGUUCUGCUGCUCGACGAAGCCACAUCUGCCCUGGACGCUGCCAGUGAAAAGGCUGUUCAAGCUGCACUAGAAGUGGCUUCCAAAGACAGGACGACCGUCAUCAUCGCUCACCGGCUCGCCACAGUCCGACACGCUGACACUAUUUGCGUCGUCGACAAAGGGGUCAUAGUGGAAAGCGGCAAUCACACGGAUCUGGUGCGCAAGCGCGGGCAAUACUGGGAGCUACUCCAGCAGCAGGCACCCGCCGACGCCACGUGAGCGCCCAUCUUGCGCAGCCGCCAUCUUGUUUACGACGGCCAUUUUGAAACGUGGCGCCGUUUGAGUCUAUGUACCCUUUGUAAGCUAUUUUAUGUUAAAUGUUACGUUUGCUUUAUAUUUUUACGACAAAAUUGGAGAUAAGCAUGUAAAUAUUUAUAAAAGAGCACCAGAUGACAUUAUUGCUAAGGUAGUAGUCGCCUUAUAUGUAGAGCUUGAUAAACUUUAUAAUGAUAGAACUAAAUAUGUAGUUUGUAAAAAAAAACGAUCAUAAAGGAUAAGUUUUUUGUAAGAAAAAUCGAAUUAUUUUAAGUUAUUUAUUAGUCACUAAUAAGAAGACACUUUUUACUGGCUUAUUGACUAGAUAACAGUAGUUUUAUACUGCAUAUAUGCAGUUGUACUAUCACGAGCGCGGAAAUAUACAAAAUUGACAAAUUUUCAUACUUUAUAAUAUGCUUUUCUAGACAUAAUCAUAACGUCAAUUGCCUAUUUAUAAGCAAAUUGUAGUUUGUCUUUUCGCUCAAUUCGCGUUGGAAAACAUUAAAGUAAGUAUAGGUAAUAGGUAUAUUGUAGCGCUCGUGGUAGUACUACUAUAUUCUAAUGAUACCUAAUGAAAAAGGACAAGAAUUAUAACAAUGUAUCAAUAUUUAAAAUCUACAGACGAACUCUCUAUUUUCUAUAUCUAUUAGCGCCAAGAGUGGACUAAAGUCGGCCUCACUAAGCCAGCUACUUCUAUAUUGGUCAAUUUAUUUAUUGACAGUAUUUUUUUAAUUUAUUGAGCAAUAGCUUUGAAAUUGUCACUCGAAUAUUUAAAUAAGCUUGUGAAAUAUUUUUAUACCAAAAAGUGUAUUUAAUUAGAGUUAAGAUAAAUUUUUGAGACUGUGAUGUAGAUAAAAGUACUCAUAACAUAAUAUUGUGAUUCAAUUUAUAUAAUAAAUUGUUGAAUAAGAGACAUUUUUUAAUUA